CUCUUCUCCCUCCCUCUUCUGCCUCCCUCUUCUCCCUCCCUCUUCUGCCUCCCUCUUCUGCCUCCCUCUUCUGCCUCCCUCUUCCGCCUCCCUCUUCUGCCUCCCUCUUCUGCCUCCCUUUUCUGCCUCCCUUUUCUGGCUUGCUCUUCUGGCUCUCUCAACAUGUUCACUCUACUGAAAAGUGACUCGGUUUCGCCACAUGAUCUAGAAACUAUUCUCUAUGGUCUAGAUGUAGAAACCGAAACUUACUCUCAGAUGUUGGAAAUCCUGGGUAACUUUGAGAGAAUCAGAAGACAGUUGGAAGACGACAAUAAGAAGUUAAAAACGUAUCAAGUAUCAACAUUUGAGAAGAGUUCAAAAAUAUCAUUAUUUAAAAAAAACGUAAUGCUGUCUAUACAGAGGGGUUUAGGAGAGGAAGUCCUGUGGAGUUUUUUAUGCAACGAUAAAUCUGACACCGAUUCCAUCUCCGAGAAAGAAACGAGUCGAGUGGAUUCCUUCAUCUUAGCUUGUUUCUCUCUUUCAGAGAAUCAUUUCCAAGACAUCAAAAAGUACGACUUUAUAACGGGCUUCCAUCGAUUUCUUGAAAAGCAAACCUGCUCUUUUUCCGAGUCCCUGAGAAAUAAACUCAUUCGCAUCAUUGCGAAUAUUUGCGAAGGAAAUGAUAAAGGGAAAAUUAUCAUAGGUCUGCAUAUUAAUCUUUCACACAUUGAUCUAGGCUAAGCUUAAUAGAUAUGCUAUCCCCACGAAGUUCAAGUAAGAAAAUUCCGGGGAGAAUACCUGAAAAUUUGGGCAAUACCGUGGAGGGUCCCAAUACCGUGGAGGGCUCUGUUGGACGAAUUCCAUCUGUGCAAGAUGGUAAGACGUCCCCAUAUGUUUUAAGAGUUACUAAGUAUCUCCCAGAAAUUUUCACCAUACAGACCACAAAUAGAGGGAAGAGAAAAAGACAAAGUGAAUUUCUGGAUGCGGAGAGCCUGCUUCCAUCAUUUGAUACUCGAAUUCCGUCGCCCAAUGAUGAGU